AUGGAUUUUUGUGAUUUAAAUGUUGCAACUCCUAAAGACGAAUACUCAAUGCCUGUGGCAGGAAUGCUGAUUGAUUCAGCUGCAGGCUUCGAGUAUCUUAGUAUGCUUGAUGGGUACUCUGGGUAUAAUCAAAUAUUCAUUGUUGAGGAAGAUGUGUCUGAAAAUGCAUUUCGAUGCCCUAGGGCAAUAGGCACCUAUGAAUGGCAUGUUGAUGUUUAUGUGUCUUCACAUUUUGAUGUAAUUAAGCAUAUGCUAUCAAAACCAAUCGUGCACAACAUGAUUGGCAAGUGGGCUCUAGCCCUUACUGAGUAUUCCCUAGCAUUCUUGCCUUUAAAAGCAAUGAAGGGUCAAGUGGUCUCAGAUUUCAUUGUCGAUCACGCAGUGAUUGAAAAACCCUCAGUACUAUGUGGAAUUGAAACCUUGGAAGUUAUUCUUCGAUGGUUUGACCCUUAA